AUGCCCAUGUCGUGUACGGUGAACGCCAACGGCGAGACAAAACGGCAGCGCACGUCGUACACCCGUUACCAAACGCUGGAGCUGGAGAAAGAGUUCCACUUCAACCGGUACCUGACCAGGCGGCGGAGGAUCGAGAUCGCGCACGCGCUGUGCCUGACCGAGCGACAGAUAAAGAUAUGGUUCCAGAACAGGCGGAUGAAGUGGAAAAAAGAGCACAAGAUGGCCAGCAUGAACAUGGUGCCGUACCACUAUCACAUGGCCGCCCAGCCCUACGGCACCCCGUACCCCUUCACGCACCUCACCACCUGAGAUUCGUAUUAUUAAUUUAACGGUUCCGUUUAGGCGGCGUCGUCGUCUUGGCCGUCGUUCUUCACACCGACGGCGGCAACGGCCGCGGCGCYGCUUAACGGCGAGCACGCGAUAGGUAAGACAACCGUUAAAUUAAUAAUACGUACAAAAUUAAAUUUGAAAAGUGAAAUUCACGAGACGUGCGAAAACGCGUCACGAACGUUACACGACGGGUAGGUAUACGUGAAAAUCGCGACUCCGUAUAUCGAUCGUCAUAAUACUGUAAAAAUAUGUGUGUAAAAAGUGUAUAAUAUCAAUAACGAUUU